CUAGUCUGGUUUUUCGAACUGCUCAUCAGUGUGCAGCUUUCCUGCAUACAGCUUCGAAAGAUCAGUUAUUUUGGACCCUUUGUGCCGCGUUGGCUGUCGCCUUGGCUUGGUAUUAAGGGUUGGAAGCUGACCACUCUACAACCAAAUCUAUGGCCACCUUUUACAAUAGGAAAGUCAUAGACCUGCGAGGCAGAUUGGUUAACUUGCAACCCCUAAUGGUAGGGGCCACCGACGCGAAUUUGCGCCACACUUCUCAGGAGUUUUGUGGAUUUUUCAGGUUUUGCCGAUUCCGUUUAUCUCUGUGCAGCUUCCAGCAGUGCUAAUACCCUUCCUAGAAAGCGGACAUCUUGGCGAAUUCAUCAUCAGCAACAAAGACGCAAUGAAAACACCACGGCAGGAGCAGGAGACAGAAAGUGACUCGGAAACUGAAACAGAUGAAGAUGAUGUUGAAGGAGGAGAUAAGAUUACAGGGAAGGACGAUCUUCAUCUUCAACAAGAACGACUCUGCAACCCCACGAGUAGAAGUAGUAGAGCAUCUUCGACACUCUACACGCCUCCACCUUCUAGACGUCGCGUCACAACUUCUUCAGGUAGAAGCCAAAGCAGGAACAAGAUAGCCAACGCUAAGAAUCUCACUAUCACUUCUGCAACAAGAACUCCGACGUCCGCUUCGAGAGGCAAUCUUGUGAAUCGUUUAGACGUCUCGCGCGUGCCGAUUCGAAACCUAGUGGAGCAA